AUGGACAAGAUAUGGAGAGUUUACUUAGCAUGUUUGCUAAUGUCAGUUACAUUCGGUUCUCAUUCCGUGAUGGCUGAUACCGACGAGUACGAGUACUACUACGAGGAAGUAAAUAAAACUUCCAUGACGGAAAACGUUUCUUCAACACCAGACGAGCAGACGACUGUGACUAUAGUGCCUAUAGCGUUGGAAGAGCAAGUUGUUACGGAGGCAUCUACCGUGUCGAUGGAUUUGGAUGGAAACACCGAAAAUCCAAACAUUACCAUGAUUUCCGCUGUAACUUCUCAGAACGGCACUGCGAUGCAAACGGACUGGUCUACUACUACUGCAGUUGAGGGUGAAAACGUAAACCUUUCGAAUGAUGUGCGUCGAAAUGAUGUUAAACCGACGCGAUUAAAUGGAACUCGUCCAACAAAAUUCACCAACAUUAUUUACAAGACUACCAGAAAGCCAAAAUCCAACAACCCUCCACCAGCUAUAGUGCUGAACAUCUACACCGGCAUGUAUGGGAUGGAUUCACGUGUAAAAAAUCGAGCCAGCGGGAACGUUGGUGGGCGCAACAAUUACUGGCCCCGGGCACAAUCUCCACUCCAGGGUUGGUACGGGAUGUACAACUGGAUGCCGAAACAAUCGUUCACACCAGUACAGCAACGUCCCAUCUAUCGUGGACGUGGACAGCAAGCUGAAUACGAUAACACGUACAAUGGCUUUAACUAUCAGAAGGCAACAAAACCGCGGCGAAACAAUCAGCAAAAUCGUGGCACUGAGCUGGACCAGCAAGCAAGCAUGGCGGUGUUCAAUUUCCUGCUGCAAGCACUCGGCCAGCGAUCCGGAUCUUCCCCACGUAUGCAAACGCAAGGUCAGCAAGGAUCGCGCAGAAAAACGUGA